AGGGCCCCCUGGCACGAGGCAUCCUCAUGUUCAGCUGCAGAACCAGAGAACCUUCUCCCCAUUUACCGGCUCCAGAGGAUGUGGAGAUUUAUUCCUAUAACUUCCACAGUUUGCUGAGAUGGUCUCCUGUUCCAGUGGAGAGAGGCUUGGUGUUAUACACAGUCCACUAUAAAACAGGGGCCUUCCCUGUGUGGAAUGAGAUGAACUGCACCCGGAUCCCCCGGCCCCAGUGCGGGUUCCCCCUGGAGAUCCAGAAGCGGCGCUGGACGAUCUUCCUGCGCGUGAGGGCCGAGCUGGGGCCGCUCCCCUCGGCCUGGGUGCAGGCAGGGCCCUUCGUGGCUGAGAGGGACACCACUCUGGGCCCCCCCAGGGUGAGCAGGGUGAGUGCCAGCUCUGACUCGCUGCUCCUCAGUGUCACCCCCCCUUUCACACCUGAACCUGGGGACAGUUUCCAGUAUCGUGUGUUCUACUGGGAGAACACAACAAGGACCACGAAAAAGGAACAAGAGACACACAAUACAGUAUUCCAAAUUGGAAAACUAAAGGAGUCAACACUUUAUUGCUUUAGCCUUCAAGUUGAAUUCGAGGGAGUCUAUGGUGAACUGAUAGGACAGCAAAGUGCCCCAGAGUGUCACAGAACUGCCAUCAGUGAGGCAACCAGGGCUGGGUUCAUCACCCUGCUGUGUCUCUCGGGGUUAGUCCUUAUAAAUCUGGCUACAGCUGGUUUGCUGCUCCUGUGGAAACACCGCAAGAAAAUCAAACAGUCCUUUCAGCCACCUUUGAAAAUCCCCUCCCACUUCGAAGAGUUCCUCAGGGACCCUGGCAUGCCUGGCUUGGAGGAGCUGGACAAUUCCCCGGAGGAUGAGCCCCAGGCUCUUGUGGCUGGAGAAGGAAUCCAAGCCUGGAGCAGCAGCCCAGGGUGACAGCUCUUCAUCCAACACCCCCAGGGACAGGGGAACCACAGAAGAGCCCCCCACUGAGUGUCCCCUGGCCCAGGGCUUCCAGCAGCUGCUCCCAGGGUGUGGCUGAGCAGGGACAAUCCUGAGCAAAACAUGGACCCUGGGAUGUGUCUCAGGGGCUUCUCCUGAGCUCCCCCAGCACCUCCUUCUGCCAAAGGCACUGAAAAGGAGGAACACGGAAGGGAAACAAACACUAAACUCAGAAAAUAGUUAAAUUCCCACCCCAGGUUGGAAUAAAGCUUUGAGGAAUUGCAGCACUUUACAGGAGGGUGUAGGAGAACAUGGGAUUUUUCAGGGAGUGAAUCACUGCAGUGUAAAUUCCUUUUAUAGCUGAUUUUCUUUUGUUGGCAAUAAUACUCUUGUUAUAUCCACCCCA